AUGUCAGGACCAAGUCUCAACGACUUCCAUAGCCAGCUCGCUGGUCUCAAUGCGACCUCUAUCUUACGUGCCAGGAUGGCGGAAAUGAGGAAGUUGAGGGAACAAUCUGGACUCGUGUCGUCGACAGUCGCGUUUUCGUCACCUCAGAGUGGUGCUUUGCCAACUGUGGUCCCAAGUUCAGUAAAUGAAAUGCAAGAUGGUUCCGCAGCUAUAAGAAACGAGCUGGCAUCUUUGAGGAAAGAAGUACAGAUGAUACUGCAGGCUGUUUCGAAACUCACUGAUGAAGUUGGGAAGCUAUCCAAAAGCGAAAGUGAAAGGUCACAGCAGCACCACGAGCAACAUCCGGAGAAAGAAGAAAAUGGAUGCCCUUCGAGCCCAGAACCAGAAGAAGGCCUGCCCAGCGACGGAGCUGGAAAAAUUCAAAAUGGCCAUGACCAGCAACUCAAACAAAGCGAAACAGCAUCUUCUUCAAUCCCAGAAUUAGAAAGACCUCGUCUCAAACAAGUUGAAGCUUUACAGCACAGAAUCGAACGCCACAACACAGAAGCAGAAACCGUCGCUUCUAAACCACAAAGCCCGGGAGAGCUGCCCAAUGAUGAUAUGGAGGGCUUAGGAUGUGAUCGUGAGCCGCAUAUCAACCAAGCAAGAAAAGAGUGCUCUGCAGCCCCAGUCACCGCAAAACUAUCCAACACCACGGUCGACGCUACACAGACUGACCUCCGUCUACAGCAACUUACCAAAGAGUCUGUUAUAACCUCAUCACCGGGAGCGCGGGACAAUGCCCAUGCCACAACCUCCCAGAUCGAUCAUAUCCCGAAGCAAGCAACAUCAGAAUCAUCUGCAAGCUCAGAGCUGAGAAAGCGUGCUGUCACUGGAGCCGGAGAAUCGCAUGCCAACACUGAGCAGCGCACGAAGAAGGCAAGAAUCGAAGGUUCUGCUAGACUCGAUACAAAUCGUGAUGGCAAUGUCAUCAAAGGCUUCAAGGAGUGCAGUUUCACCAAGGAUACAUUGCCAGCUCCGACUACACAGGGACGUACACACACUCAGACACCGUCGCAGGCUUCGACUACUCGAGUGAGUGGAGUAGAAUUAGCACGUCGAAUGAGGAGCAAUAUCAGACCAGCACAGAAUCAGAAACAAGUCACGCAGAAGCAGGCUUCGGCUUCAGCACAAUCGGCACUCAAACCAGGCAUUCGCAAGAGAGCCCGAGAUAAAUCUGAGCGAUGGUUGGUCUCCGAACAACAGGUCCUCAUCAAACUAAUGAACGGAGAGAAGAAAAACUCAAAGGGGCCGGCACUGCCUUGCGGUAAGAUUGCCAGGGCUUUCAAUGAGAAGAUGAAGGGCGUUGUUCAGCGACGAGGUGAGAAGAGCAUAACCGGAUCGGUCCUGAGAAAGCAUAGAGUAGCCCCUAUUCGGACAGCAGGUAGCAUUGCAAACAUGAUGAGACGCUGCCAGAAAGAAGGAAAGCGUAUGUUGAAGAUGGAUGGAGAUUCUGCUGAGCAGCCGUUGGAGAUUGAAGAUGCUGAUACCGACGAGGACGACGAUGAUGAAGAUGAUGAAACGGAGAAUAAUGAAGACGAGGAUGAAGGAGAGGACGGAGAAGAUGAAGACGAAUAAAAAUUCAAGAAUCAGCGAAUGCAGGAAUGUUUCGAUAUUUAAUAGUUGCAAGGAAACAUGACGUGGAUGGCAGAGAAUCAGGUUACACACAGAUCGGCGUUAAUAUUUGAUCCCAAGUCAUUGAAUCUGCAUUAUUUGCUCACUAGGAAAUAAAUGCGAAAGGAUACUUGCCCAGUUGAUGUGUCUCAAUUGAUAAGAUUCCCAUCUUAGUACUGUUUGCUUCUUCUUUUGCAAGUGGCACAAUGAAUAGAGGAAGCGGUUGAAGCCUCGAGAUUUUGAGUUGGAGAAGUAUCAGAACCAAAAUUAGGUGGGGUUUGACCUCGGCUAGGGCAAAAGUUAUUAGGCAUCCACACCAGCUAAAAUCUGCAAAAAUGAAUAGCAAUCAUAUGCUCAACCAGACAUAGAGCAAAAAAAAUUCACCGAAGGAAUUCGUAGAACGAUGCAUUUAGGUCGUACCCGGGCUCGAACCGGGGAUUCGGGAAAGUUCUUUACAGAACAUGAUUCUGAUAUGUAGUCAAAAUCCCACGUGCUAACCGCUACACUAUACAACCUCGCAGUUGUGUGAAACAACUGUAAUUGCUCUUGGAC